GCCAGAGAGAGGGAGUGGGGAAGCACGGGCAACGGUCAGAGAGAGCGAGUGGGGAAGCACGGGCAACGGUCAGAGAGAGCGAGAGGGAUUCAGGGGUGUGUUUCGUCUGUAGUCUGCAUCAUAGCUAAAUAGGUCCUGAGAGCGACCAAAAUCCACCGCGAAUAGAGAGAACAACGCGACGGAGCACAUAGGAUAGUGCGCUGAAGUCAAGACGGUUAACAGAGACCGGACCGUAUGUUCAUAAAUACACUUAAGUCAUCUUAUAAAGUGGACGUCUCUCCGGGUGCGUUGGUAGAGGUGCCCAGUGAAGAAGGGACAGAAGAGGAGUUUAUGAAAGAAGAGAGAGACUGUCUGAUUGACACCACUGAGGAUGAAGAAGAGCAGAAGUGUGUUAGCGGUGUCACCCGGCGGUGACACCAAUGAGACCCCGGGAGUGUUCGGCAGCACUCUUGGAGUGGACCUUUGCCGGGGCCGCAGGCGUCACUCGGGCACGCUACAGCUGCCCCCGUUGUCAUGGCGACAGGCGGAGAGGGAUCUAAGCCGCGCGCCAGAGGGGGACACCAUGGCCCGGCCCACCACCCUGCCCUUCCACCCGCUGCCACAGAUCAACAUCAUCCACGCCGACCCCGACAGCUUCGAUGUGGAGAAUGGCCCGUCUGCGUGCUGCAGCCCCUCGGGUCUCCAGGCGUCCCCUGGCUCCGGCCUGGUCCUGCACCCCAACCUGGGGGCCCACGGGCAGCGCCGAGAGUCCUUCCUCUACCGCUCUGACUCGGACUACGACCUGUCGCCCAAGUCUCGCGAGUUGUCCCGGAACUCCUCUAUCGUUGGAGAACUGCAUGGAGAAGACCUGAUCGUGACCCCCUUUGCUCAGGUUCUUGCCAGUCUCCGCACGGUACGGAACAACUUUACCACCUUGACCAAUGUACAAUGUACCGCCAAGAGAUCACCUGCUGGCCCCCAGCCUCCCGUCACCAGAGUGUGUCAGUCAGACGAGUCGUACCAGAAGCUGGCCAUGGAGACCAUGGAGGAGCUGGACUGGUGCCUGGACCAGCUGGAGACCAUCCAGACCUACCGCUCCGUCAGCGACAUGGCCUCCAACAAGUUCAAGAGGAUGUUGAACCGGGAGCUGACGCACCUGUCGGAGAUGAGUCGCUCCGGCAACCAGGUGUCAGAGUUCAUCUCCAACACCUUCCUUGACAAGCAGAAUGAGUUGGAAUUACCGUGCCCCAUGGCCAAGACCAGAGAGUGGAAGAAGAGACCCCACCACCAGACCCAGCUGGAGUGUCAGGGGACCUUGACCCAGAUCAGCGGGGUCCGGAAGCUCAGCCAGUCCACUGGGCUCCAAGGCAGCAGCAUCAGCCGCUUUGGGGUCAAGACCGAUCAGGAGGAGCUGCUGUCUGAGGACCUUGAGAACAUCAACAAGUGGGGUUUGAACAUCUUCAGGGUGGCCGAGCACUCCCACAACCGCCCGCUCACAUGCACCAUGUACACCAUCUUCCAGGAGCGAGACCUGAUGAAUACGUUUAAAAUCCCUACGGACACCUUCGUGACCUUCAUGAUGACCCUGGAGGCCCACUACCACUCAGACGUAGAAUACCACAACAGCCUCCACGCUGCAGACGUGGCCCAGUCCACACACAUCCUGCUCUCUACACCCGCUCUGGACGCCGUCUUCACGGAUCUGGAGAUCUUGGCGGCCGUCUUUGCGGCAGCCAUCCAUGACGUGGACCACCCUGGGGUCUCCAACCAGUUCCUCAUCAACACCAACUCAGAGCUGGCCCUGAUGUACAACGAUGAGUCUGUCCUGGAGAACCACCACCUGGCUGUGGGCUUUAAGCUGCUGCAGGAAGACAACUGUGACAUCUUCCAGAACCUGACCAAGAAAGAACGCCAAUCCCUCCGCAGAAUGGUCAUAGACAUGGUCCUGGCCACAGACAUGUCUAAACACAUGAGCCUAUUGGCUGACCUGAAGACCAUGGUGGAGACCAAGAAGGUGACCAGCUCUGGAGUGCUGCUGCUGGACAACUACACAGACAAGAUACAGGUGAUGCGUAACAUGGUUCACUGUGCUGACCUCAGUAACCCCACCAAGUCUCUGGACCUUUACCGUCAGUGGACCGACCGCAUCAUGAACGAGUUCUCCCACCAGGGAGACCGCGAGAGGGAGAAAGGCAUGGAGAUCAGCCCCAUGUGUGACAAGCAUACGGCUUCAGUGGAGAAGAGCCAGGUGGGUUUCAUAGACUACAUCGUCCACCCGCUGUGGGAGACGUGGGCCGACCUGGUGCACCCGGACGCCCAGGACAUCCUGGACACCCUGGAGGACAACAGGAACUGGUACCAGAGCAUGAUCCCUCAGAGGCCCUCUCCCCCCUUCUGCACCGGUGACGGAGAGGGGGACGGAGAGGGAGGACACAGAUUCCAGUUUGAGCUGACGCUAGAUGACGAACAGGAUGGAGAGAUGGGAGUGGAGGAGGGCGAGAGAGGGACGGAAGAGGGGUGGUCGCCAGUUGACCAGGGCGGAGUGUAGAUGAACACACGUGGGGCUUCCCCCACAUAAUGAGCCGUGACCUGCUAUCUUCAUAAAUGGAAGCACCAGUUUUAGGUUGUGUUUCACAUCUUGUUCUACUGCAGUGGAGGAAUCCUGCAAUCUGGCUCUUUGGCGUUGCUCUGCUUAUGCACUAGGGCCUGACUGGCUUUGGACCCAUGCAGAAGAGGGUGGGGAACCACAACACUUGAUUUGGGAGCCCUCGGGAAGAAGAGUAUGAAGAGUUGAAGAGUGAUGCCUUGAAGGAGUCCUGUUGAAAAUGCUAGUGUGUGACAGAAGUACCGUAUCUUGGUUUUUGGUAGCCAGAUAAUACAAUCUUUGUUCUGACAAAUACUGAAGAUGAAACUAAGCUAGGCGAAGACACUCUGUUGCGUUCAGUUGGGACAAGAUGAAAUACUUGCACUUCAGAGUGAUCUUUGUUCUUCGUGACUAUUUUCGAGUUUUGUUUUGUAACAGGAUGGGAUGUUGCCGGGUAGCAUCCUAUGUUCAAACUAGUGAUCCACAGGUGUUUAUAACAAAGAACAUCUACCCAAAGAACAUCUACCCUUUUUGUGACAAGUGUUUAAAGACUUUUGUGUGCCUUUUGGUUUUUACGACAGGGUAUUUUGGACGUGAUUUUAUAAUUUAUUGAACAGGUUUGAACACGUCUUCCUGAUGUUUUUUCGGCAAUAGUCACACAAGUUGCACUUUUUCUAAGGGUAGGAAGGGAGCUAGGAAAAUGUUUAAACUAAAGAGUCAAUAAAUCUACUAAUGAGAGGUUCUUCA